AUGUUUUCACAUCACUUUCCUAAUUACUACGAAUAUUCUGAGGCACCACCACCUGGAGUAGAUUUUUACUCUUCCUCAACAAUUGAUGAUUCUUCAGUUGAACAAAUAUGGUUUAAAGCGUGGGCUAAGGCCCGUAACUUAACUUAUGAUAAACCGAAGCAACCCACUCUCAGCGUCUCAAAUCUACGUAAAAAAAUAUUGGAAGCAAAAAAGGAACUGGAAAGACUUAAAGAGGCACUCGAAGAAUUAAAAAAUUCAAAAAAUGCUGAAAGUCAAGAAUGGAAAUCAUUAUCGGAAAAAUUUGAAAAAACAAAAGCUGAAUUUGAAUCUAAUAUUUCAUUCAUAUUUGAUCGAAAAUUUAUCGACAAUACGAAAGCAAAACUGGCAAAGAAUAGGCGUCAUAAGAAAUGGAAUAAAAAACAUAUAAAAAAAUUGCAAGAAGUACGUGAUCAAAGGCAACGUCAAAGAGAAACAUUACAUAAGACUAUUGACAAAUGGCGAACAGAAUGGAUAGCCAAAGAUUUAGCUAUGAAGAGAGAACAAAUAAGGAAAAAUGAAGCAGAUAGAAGGGUUCAGGAGGCAGAAGCAAAGAAGAACAGGCAUAAAGAGUUAUCAAAACUUCUCGAAAAAGUUAAAAAAUUAAGAGAUAUUCGUAGAGAUCGUCUAAAACGAGAAGGUCAUUUCUUCCCCGAAGAAGAUGAUGAAUUCUUUAACAAAAUUGCAUCAUUGAAUGAUGCUAUGAAGAUUGAAGAGGAACGUCUGGAUCAAGAGAGAAAUGCAGCAGCAGAACAGAAAAGAAAUGAAGCAAUGCACGCUGGUAUGAAAGAACGCGAGAGAGAGCGAGACCCUACUUAUGAAUACUGGCAUCAGGCUGAAUUCGAUAUUGACAAUCUAGUUUCAAUAAGGAGACAAUGGGAUGCUUAUUUAAUUGCACCUGGUAAACCUGCAUCAUCGUGUAUCCCUCCAAUGUUUGUUACUCCAUCCCCUCCCGCUAAUUAUAUUUGGGCUUCAUGUCUUAUACACGAUCAGAAUAUUAUUUGA